UAGAGUCUCUAAUUAAAUCCAAAAAUGACGAUGAUGAAAAGAGUUCUGAUCUUGAAUAUGAUAUUGCCGAAUCUGGUGAAGAGAAUAAUCAGGAUAUCGAUUGUAAGGUUGAAUCUAGAAAUUUUGACAAUAGUGAAGAUGUGAUUAGUGAUCCUAUUCAGGAGCUUUUUGCUCAUAUUUUUGUUAAUGAUUCCUGGACAUGUGCUUCUUCUAUUGAAAAACUAUAUUACUCAGCAAAAAUUUAUCUUAAUAUUUGCUGUAAUUGCGGUACUACUAAUAUUGAAAGA